AUGCAGACUAUUAGUGUUGUUCUUUUUCUCGCUUUGACCUUUGUAUCCGGUCAAGUACCAAUUCCGUCACGUCCAGAUGGAUGGGGUGUUGGCGGUCCAGCGGAUGCUCAUGCAGUGAUUGAAAUGUUCCUAGAUCCACUAUGUCCGGAUUGUAAAGCUUCAUGGCCAACUAUUUUACAAGUAAUUCAAGCUUAUGGAACACGAAUUCAUUUUCGCAUACAUACAUUCCCAUUACCUUAUCAUACCAAUUCAUUCGUUGUUUCACAAGGUCUUCACGUUAUUGCCAAUGCAACUAAUCGAAAUUCGGAUGCGAUUUUUAAAACUGCAACCGCUAUAUUUCAAAACCAACAAACUUGGUACAAUGAUGCAACAAAAUCAAUGACAAUGCCGGAAGUUGUUAACUCAUUGGCAACAUUUGUUGCUCAACUUGGUUUCAUUACUAAAGAUAAAUUCUUAGCAGGCAUGACUAGUGAUGAUCUCAAUGAUGAAACACGUAUCUCAUGGAAAUACGCUUGUUCAAGAGGCGUUGUUGGUACACCGACAUUCCUUAUCAAUGGUGUAGCAACAAGUGCUGAUGCAUCCUGGUCACUAAAUGAUUGGAAAUCUGUCAUUGAUCCUAUUCUCGCAUCGAAUGAAAAAGAUUCAUCGGCAAUCAAAGAUUGUCCACCAGGUCAACAAACAUGUGAAUAUAUGCCGCACAAAACUCAAUGCUGUCUAGCUGGCGAACGUUGCAUUCCAAAUGUCGGUUGUCGAUGUUUCAAUUUAAAGAAUGGUAACAAGUGCUUUUAA